UCUAAUUGGGGGUUUUGUUGUUCUUGAUGAUUGUUCAUCUUAUUUGUGAAUCGAAAUGUUCAUAAUUGGGUGAUUUUGAUGAAAAGGCUUAAUCUUUAGACUUUGUGUUUGUGUAAUUGCAUAACCCAUGUUGAGAAAUCGUAGAUUCUGUUGGUUCUUGGUGGCUUUUUUGUUUAAAUUUUGCAAGAAAUUUUCUGAUUUGCAGUGCGAGAAGAAGGAGUUUGGGAAAACUAGAGAUGAUUUGAAGUCGCCUCAAAGUCUCGGUCAGAUUAUAAGGGAAGUUCUAAGACCUCUCGAUAAUAUUGAACGCUGUAAGUUUAGGUUUUAUCUUAGGGAGCAUGACUUUUAUCGGAGACGUGAGUUUUAUCGAGACUUUUUACUAGUUUUUAUCAUUUCUUGUCUUUUGGUCUUUGUGUUGAUGAGAGUGUGUGUGGUUGAUGCAGGGUCAAAAUUAUGUACAACCAUGUCAAUGAUAGAUCUGGGCUGGAAGCUCCUCUGAUUGCUAAUGAUGUUUAUGAAAUCAUCAUGAAGAAUGCAGUGUGUUUGGACAGUGAGAUCAUUUACGAUCGCGACUUUGACUACGACUACUUUGGUUUCAAGACUCUUGAGAGGUCUUACCUCUUGAAGGUUCAUGGGAAGGUUGUAGAAAGGCCUCAACACAUGCUAAUGAGGGUUGCUGUUGGAAUACACAAGAAUGAUAUUGACUCUGUUUUGUUAGAGGACUUUGUCAAAUGUCAUAUUUAUUCACAUAUGUCAUCAUUAUUGAGAAGCAUAAAGUCAUCUGGUGCAAGUUCAAGACAUGCAAAAUAUUUCUCAUGGAGCUAUAUGGUGGCAGGUACUUUUUGUUUCCUCCCACGAGUACCAAAGAGUAUGAUGAUCGCGUGAUGGUGCUACUGUAUAUGCUGUAAAGUGUGAACCACAGGUGGCGGAGCUGGAUCUGCUAAGCACAUGCACUUGUUAAUCGACAUAGCUCAUCUUGCAACCAACAACACAAAGGAACUAUAUGGUGGAAUGUUGCAUAAAGAGUCUUUGGGAGAUCGAGCGUGGAGUACCAAGCAUUAAUGCAACAAGCUAUAUUUUGUUUCAUCAUGUAAAACUUAACCAGGAAAUUUAAAUGCUUUUUAGUCUAUCCAAUGUAUGAAUGCUUUAGCAAUGUUCCUUAAAUUCAAUAUUUGAUGAAUUGAUGUAUCCCAAUGACUUUGGUACAAAUGUUGAUCAUUUGAUGGUUUGCAUUCAA